ACCGCCGAACUGCGGCAGAGAAACUCCGGUUUUUACCCUCGCACAGCUUUAUUCGGCAUUUUCACAGUGUUUCAGUCUCGGUUCCGGAUCUUUGGGCCUACGGGAGGUCUCUGCGGAUAAUUCGGCUCCGGUACCAGGUCUCCUGGUGGAGGGGAACCUGAGGUUCGGCUCGGCUCGGAAGAAGAUCCAGAACCGUGAGAAAGUGACCCUGCCGGUUCGCAUUAGAAAAACCCGGGUUUUAAACUUUAACCCGGGUUUAUUUAGCGUUUGUGGGGGUUCUGGGUCCCGGGUCCGGAUGUCCCGGACUACAGGAAACCUCAGGAUAUAAUUCGGCUCCGGGUAGAACCCUGCUGCGCCAUGGGGACCCAAGGAACGGGCAGGAAGAGGAUCCCGAACCGGGACAAGCUGACCGCAGAAGACGAUGCUCUCAACCAGAUCGCUCGAGAGGCGGAGGCACGGCUGGCGGCGACAGCGGCGAGGGCGGAGGCUCGAGAGAUCCGGUGCUAUGAAGGAGCAUGGAGAGACAGCAGAAAGAGUCAGCAGCUUCACGCUGAGUCUCUGCGCUCUGGAUCUCUGUGUUUCUCUGCGAUGUCGGACGAUGAAGAGAGGAUGUCUGUGGGGGCUGCUAUGUCGAGGCAGCCUCAGGGACGAGCAGAGACGAGAAUUAAGAGUCGCCUCUUCCCCCUCCUCUCCGCCCCCUUCCCAGCGAAAGAACGAGACUUUGCAGAGAAGAGGCAGAGCUCCUCAACUCCUCUCCUCUCUCCUCCUCCUCACAGAAAGAAGAAGCAAGAAGAGGAGGCUCCUCCUCCUCCUCGCGAAGCGACGAAAGAAGCUCCUCCUCACUUCCUCUUCUCAUCCUCCUCCUUCUCUCCUCCUCUCUCCUCGAAGAGAGCAGAAGAAGCUCUCCUCUCAUUCGGCUCGAGGACGGCCUCUACGCUGUCCGCCGCCACGCUGGCGUCUCUGGGCGGGGCUUCGUCCCGCAGAGGAAGCUGUGACACGUCGUUCUCGGUGGAGACGGAGGCGUCAAUCAGAGACAUGAAGGACUCUCUGGCGGAGUCAGAGGAAAAGUACCGUAAAGCGAUGGUUUCUAACGCUCAGCUGCACAACGAGAAGUCUACUCUGAUGUAUCAGGUGGAGACUCUGAAGGAGGAGCUGAGCCACAUGGAGGAGCUGCUGUGGGAGUCCAGGAGGCACUGUGACGACCGGACCAAGGAGCUGGAGCGUGAGCGUCAGGCUCACCACGUCCUUCAGUUCCAGUUCAAAGAGAUGGAACAAACUCUGAGACAGACCGAAGAGCUGCUGACGGAGGUGUCAGAGCUCCGUCUGAAGAGCAGCAGUUACUGUCAGGAGGUGUCUGACCUGCAGGAGGUGCUGCAGUGGAAGGAGAAGAAGAUGGCGGCAUUAGAGAGGCAGCGGGAAAUUUCCGAGAUCGUUCGUAUCGAGCGCGACCGGCUGCGAGAUGACGUGGUGCGACUGCGAGAUUUACUGAAGAAACACGGAGUGGUUGUCUCUCCUGAGGUCCCCGCCAACGGGGAGACGGGCCCCGACGAGGCUGAGGAUGAUGUCAGCGCGGAGGCUGCGUCCCGAUUGGCUGAGGAGCCGUCGCCUGGAGGCAGAGAGAGCGUGCUCGGAAAAGGUCGAGAACGGCAUCCAGCAGAGGGCAGCAAACUCCCACAAGAGGACAUCUUGGACAACUACAGUCAGAUUUAUAAAUGCUCCCAGCCACUUAACACCAUUUCCAGUGGCGACCGAACCAAACCAGAUGCUUUAAAGCAAGUGAAGCAGUUUGACCAGGCCAGGAACAAUGGCUCAAGGAAACUACCAAGAAACAAAGGAAGUAAGAAGAAUCCAAGCAAAACAUUUCAGAUCAGAGAGGAAGAAAAGGCCUUUAAAGGCAGAACCAAACAUUACGGUGACUCUGGAGUGAAAUCACCUUUGGCUUCAUACAAGGAUGUCCAGUGUACUGAAAUGGAGCACUCCUUUAACGACCAAAUCCACGAAAUUCAAACUAAUCUGGGAAGAAGUCAAGAGUUAGCACAUCCAACCAAAAGUCAGGCGAAAUAUGUGGAUUUGCUUCCGCCUGUUCACAGAACUUCAACUGAAAAAGUCCACAAAUCAAGACUUGUUCUACCUCGACCUUUAGGAGACAUCAUCCUGGACAACAGGGCGAUGGUGUCGAGCGCAAACGCUGCCGGCAAACUAAACCAUCAAGAGAAACAAAAACACGUUCUGAUGGGAAUUGAGACUCCGUCUUCUGACGGGGAUGUUGCUCAAAAGUCUUUGUCUGCUGCUGAUCGUAUUUUCCGAAAUCAAGAGAAAGAUGGAAACUCAUUUAGGGAUGUCAGCUGUUCAGAAAGGGAAGUAGUGUCUGAUUUCCCAGCUUUGGAGGCUAAAGGUUAUAGAAUAAAUGAGUUCUGUACUCCGACACCAGCAGACAGUUUGCAAGAAAAUGAAUUUGCUGACAAGUUGGCUGAGAUAGAUGUCAACAGGUGUGAUGGACGAAGUUUCGGGGAUGAAGAUACAAAUGCUGUUACAGAUUUGGUGGAAAAUGAGAUGGUUGCAUCGAAGGGUCAGACCCCUCAAAGUCUCAUACACCAGCAACAGACAGUUUCAGAGAAUUUGGGAAGUUCUCCAAAUGAAGACUUACAGAAUGAGGGUGAUUUAAGUUGCCCUGGUGUAUCUGAGGGUCCAAACUCUAAAACCAAACUGAAAACAUCUGAACUUGAUCCAUUUCUACCAGCAAAGGAGGCAGUCAAUGAGGAAAAGUCAGGUACACCUGAGAAACUUCAGAACUGGAGGAUAUAUGGAGAGGAUCCGGUUAGAGAAUCCUUUCAGAUUCAAGGAAAGACUCAAGACAAUUCGUCUGAACAUCCCGAGUAUAACAACCAAAGAAAAACACCAAAGUCGUCUACUCCGUUUGGCCUAAUAGAGAUGUUGAAGGACUGGAGUUGUUUGGAAAGGAAGAUUCAAAGCAUGCUGAGAGGGUUUGUUGAAAAUCAGGGUUUUUCAACAGAAAAUGUCCCAGAAUCUCUCAAUUGGUGGAUUUCAGAUUUGGAGGAGAUGUUAAAGAAGACAGCAGAAAAUGCAUUGGAUCAGCUUGAUAAGACUGACCAAAUAUCAACAGGCCAAAUGAUGAGGACCAAAAUCACUGAUGAGCAUGAAAUACCUUUGAAGGGCCGACCAGGACGACGUAAAGGAACCGAAGAUCCUGAACGUGUGGACCGGAGUGCUGCCAGACAUUUGACAAUUACAGAAGGCGCAGCCUCAUCUCUGGAGGUACAUUCUCAAACUCAUGGUGUCCCUGUGGAGUCAAGGAAAGUUUGUGAGUAUGUUCAGGGACCUCCAGUGAGUAAUGACCAAGAAGCAAUAGAAAAAACCUCUAACACAUGUAAAUUUAAGGUUGAAGUCACUGAAUUUUCUCCAGAAGAACUGCCUGGGGUGAAUUCUGUUGACAUCAAGGAAGGAAACCAAAGUCAGAGAGAACCAGCAUUGACCAACUUGUCUGAUGAAUUUGUUUUUGUCGACAUUACUGAAGCUGCAAACAUGGUGGAGUCUGGGUUAAAUCAGGAUGUAGUCGACUCAUCAGCCAAUCAAAAGAAACCCAAACAAAUUGGCUCUGUUGAAGAUGAAGUCGUCGCAAAAACAAACAACCGAAGAGGGUUUGUUGGUAGAAGUCAAAGCUGCAUUGUUCCUGCUGAGGAAGUUGAGACAAGACUAAAAAGGCAUCAAGCGUCAAAGGUCAGAAGGCUCAUAGAAAUCACUGCAGAUGAAAUCAAGACGAUGGCUGUUCCUGAACUGGCAUUGAUGACCCUACAGGAAGGAAGAAUCGAGGAUCAGCAUAUCGAUGAGUCGACAGGAUCCAGUACUGAGGAUCAGGGGGAGCUGUCAGUGGGAGACAUAGACAGCUGCGAGGAGGUCUAUCAGGAGGCAGCCCAGCAACCAGCAAUGCAGCAACCAGCAACGCAGCAACCAGCAACCAGCAACUCAACAACGCAGCAAGCAGCAACGGAAGAUGUCGUUGAAGAUGGUAGAGUCGCUCAGGUGGUAAGCAGAAUGAAACACCUGAGCGAAAGGAAAGGAUUCAGUUUAGGCAACUCGAAAUCCAAAACUGACUGGCCACGGCGGUGCUGGAGCCCAUCCCAGCUGUCAUUUGGCGAGAGGCGGGAGCUCCGGCUGAAGAAACUGUUUGAAGAGCGAGAGAGUUUACAGGAUCAGGUGAGGCUGUUGCAGUCUCAGCUGGACCAGAGACAGAGGGAUGGGACAGACGGAGUCCAGGAUCCAGAGGGGGGCGGUCUGGAGAACGGGAUGGACACUCAUCUUCUGGAACUACAAAGAGAUGCCAACAGACAAAUCAGUGAUCUCAAGUUCAAACUGGUGAAGUCUGAACAGGAAGUCACCACGCUGGAACAAAAUGUGAUCCGUCUGGAAGGUCAGGUGACUCGAUACAGGUCGGCGUCUGAAAAUGCAGAGAAGAUUGAAGACGAGUUGAAAGUUGAGAAGAGGAAACUUCAGAGAGAACUGCGCUCAGCUCUAGACCGGAUCGACGAGCUGGAGGUCAGUAACAGCCACCUCUCCAAACGUCUGGAGAAGAUGAAGGCCAACCGAAACGCCCUGUUGGCCCAGCAGUGAGGCUCCCGAACCUCCUCCGGGCUGCGCCGCCUCUCCGAGACCAUCGGCGAUGUUUCUGCUCUGCAUGCAACAGCGGGAGGUCAGCAAUUUGAAAACAAGCCAAAAACAGACAGAUGUGACUCAUCAACCAAUCAAUCAGUCGAUCGGUCGAUCAACCGAUCAAUCACGGACAGGUUUGAACUAUGUAAUGUAGCUCUAAAGAUCCCGGUGCCGUGAAUGCAGCGAGUUUACCACCAUCAGUCUCUCUUUAUUUAUUCAGAGUCAGCGGGAACUCCACAAAUCAUUUCUGACUUUUACUGAAUCUGAAAAGCUCAGAAAUCUUCUCCACAAGGACAGAUCCACCCGGGGUUAUCAAUAUUUUUAUUGAUAUCUCCUGAUACUGAGCUGAUUUAUGUCCGUUCUCCAGAAAACAAAAGGUAGAUUUCUCCACAAAUUUCAUUUUCUGAGAAGAGGAAAUCACGAGAUAACAAAAGCUUGUUUUCUCAAAAUAAUUAAAUAACUAAAUGAAUAAGAGAAAUAAUAAAUUGGUUAUGUUAGGGUUUCAGAAUUUGCUUUCUUAAAAUCAUGAACUUGUUAUCUCGAUAUAAAAGGGCAUGCUUUAAAAAGGUAAUAAACUGAAAUCUUGAGAUAACAUUUUCUUUCUUAAAAUUACAAAAUAGUUGACUUGUAGUCUCCAGAAAAGAGCUUGUUUUCAGAAGAUAAUGACAGAUUUUGACUCAGCAAAGGUUGCUCUCUCAACAUCACAAAAACUCACACUUGUUUUCUCAAAAUAAUGAAAUGAGAAAAUAACAAACUCGUGGUUCUGAGAUAACAAAGCUUGCUUUCUAGAAAAAUUGAGAUAAUUAACUUGUCAUCUCAAGGUAACCAAGCUCCUUUUUAUGACGUAAAAAAAUAACUGAAAGUACGGCCGUUCUGGGCUUCCAUACUGAAUCCUCAAAGUCCUCGUUCUGACGGGGUGAUGAAGGUCAUGUGAUGUGAUUGAUCUGUAGAUAUCCCUUUCUCUUAACUCUGAAAAAGAUUUUUCUUUUUUUUUUUUAAAUUUCUCACAAUAAUUUAGGUAAUACAAGUUUGAGUCUUUAGUUCAAUUAUCUCUAAAUCAGGAUUAAGUCGAGUCUUACUCGACUAUAACUAUAACUUCACAUGGAGAUGAUCCUUUAGAUGAUACGGACUCCACAGAUUAGCUGAACUACAUGUUACCGUUAAUAAAAUCACCUCACGAGGUAAAGAAAAGCUCAAGAGAUUAACUGAGGAUCUGUUGUGGUAAACUCCGCCCACCUGGUGCUCCCAGGUGUGUUCAAACGAACGCGUCAUCGACAUUCAGCUCCUCCCAUCUUUGUGAAGCGUGUGGCACUACCUCUGCUCCGACACUCAGGGGCGCUGAGUCCCCCAAAGACUCGACAGACCGGAUCGGUCUGAGACAAACUGGAUCAUUUUAACUUUAUUUUGGUUCAGGGUAGUUUUUGUUGUUUUUUAUGUUUUGUUUUGUUUUUGUUUCGGGGCUGGAGUCACCGGCUCGUGUUUGUCUCAUUUUGUCUGUUUUUAGUUUUAGGUUUGGUGGAGCUGGAUCAUGAUGAUGGUCGGACAAAUGUCCAGCUCCGCCGAUGUGGUUUUUCAGGUGACGGGAGGGGGCGUGGCCACGUGUCUUCAUGUGUAUAUAACAGGAAUCUCUUCAUGGCACUCGGGAUGUAAAAUCACCAGCUUGUAAAUGUUUGAAUUUUCAUGUCUGUAACAAAUCAUCUCUGAAUGAAUGAACAUUUGAAAAGUUUGGAUCCAAAACGACAAACAUUUUAUAUAACUCAAACAUCGACGCAGACGGAAGGAGCGAAGGACCGACUGUCAGGACGGUGUUGGUUCACCGACCCAGUCGCCAGAAAAAAUGUUGGCAUUGUUUGUUUCUGAAAGCCACAGAUUAGUUUGUAUGUCAUUAUGUAGCAGACACAUUUAAACUUUACGUUUCUCAUGAGUCACCAAAAAACACAAAAAAAAAGUGUCUGCAAACUUGCCAAUUGUCAGCGGAACCAACCCAGGUUUGGUGGCAAAAAAAAGGGCACCUGGAAACCAGUCCCUAAAACCGUCCACCUUUGGCAUCUCUCCUAGGUAUCAGCCUUCUCUCCUAGGUGUCAGACAUCUGUCCGAGGUGCCGGGUGUCUUUCCUAGGUGUCAGGCGUCUCCUAGGUGUCAGGCAUCUCCCCUAGUUGGUGGCCAUCUCUCCCAGGUGUCAGCUGUCUCUCCCAGGUGUCAGCUGUCUCUCCUAGGUGUCAGGCAUCUCUCCUAUGUGUCAGGUUGCUCUCCUAGGUAUUGGGCUUCUCUCCCAGGUGUCAGGUGUCUCUCCUAGGUGUUGGGCGUCUCUUUUAGGUGUUGGGCAUCUCUCCUUUGUGUCGGCUGUCCCUCCCAUGUAUCGGCCAUCUCUCCUAUGUGUCGGGUUGCUCUUUUAGGUGUCAGGCAUCUCUCCUAUGUGUCAGGUUGCUCUCCUAGGUAUUGGGCUUCUCUCCCAGGUGUCAGGUGUCUCUCCUAGGUGUUGGGCGUCUCUUCUAAGUGUUGGGCAUCUCUCCUUUGUGUCGGCUGUCCCUCUCAUGUAUCGGCCAUCUCUCCUAGGUGUCAUAGCAUUUCCUCAGAUAUUGCGUCCCUUUAAAUGUUGAUUUAGGUUUGUGGAAAUGUGUUUUCUCCUGGCGGCUGGGCGGGUUUGAGCUCCCUGCGUUGGUUCCUGACAGUAGUACGAAGACUUGAGCUCCUGCUGAAGCAUCACGUGACUAAUUUAUGGCAAUAAGACUUCGUUUGUGAAUGUAGGAGCUGGACGAUCAGGGAGUGGCUUAUCAAUAUAUCAGCUUUUGUUGAUCAGGUGUUACUGGCAAAUCUGUAUUAAACUCAUCUCACAGUC